AUCGCGCCCCGCCUGCCCCGCCUGGCCGGUGGUGGUGUGCUCAUCGUUUCAUCGUCGUCGCGGUAAUCCAUGUGUUUUUGUGGUGUGGUUUGUUGUUCAGUACAACCAACCAAGAAAGGAAGGAAAAUAAGAUUUAAAGUUGAAGAGGGUGACAUUAAAUGAAACAUGACGUUGAAUCAACAAGAGGGAGGUGCUGCCUGCCAAGGAUGUAGCCAGCUAAAACAGGAACUGGAGCAAUGUAAGAUGGAUCAUGUAUUGAAAUAUACAACGUUAAAGGAGAAGAUUAUGUUGGUUGAUGAAUUAAUUCGACAGUACCAAGCAAAAUCUCAAGAAAAUACCCUUCUUAAGAGUAAACUUGAAGAAGUAGCAAGUCGUCUAGCAGCAUCUCGCAAAGACUGCAAAGUUUUAGAGGAGCAGUUUUCAAAUACCUUAAAAGAAAUUAUUCCAAUACGAUCGGAGAAUGCAAAAAUGAAACUAGAAAACAAACAGCUAAAGCAAAAUGCUGAGAAAACCUGUGAUAAACAAGCUGCGAAUGAGUCUUUGUGUAGGCAGUUACAAGAUUUGCUAUCAAGACGAGAUGAGGAACUGCAGACGGUAACUGCAAAACUUAAUAACCACACUGGAAGUGAUCUAAAGAAAUUAACUAAAGUCAAGGAAGAUAAUGUGGCGCUUAAGAAAGACAACUCAGAAUUGAAGAAGAAGAACUCGUCAACAACUAAAAAACUAAAUACAUCUAAGAAUCGAGAACGACAAUUAAGAGAGCUGUUAAUUUUGCAUAAUGUAGCAAUACCACGGCUAAAGAAGUUAGACAAAGAAGCAGUACAGAAAAGCAGUGAUUCCAGUGCUGAGGAAGAUUUGAUUGAUUCUGAAGCCAUACAGGAAUUGAUAGAAAAGAGAAAGUCUUCAGUUUCAAAAAAAGUAUGUCAGAAGGAUCAAGAAACUCAAACAAUUUCAAUGGAAGAACCAGUAGUCAACUUCAAAGAAAUACAUCAAGAAUUAAAUGACACUCCAGUGAGCCAGAACCGGCAGACCAUUAUUCAUUCCAUUGUUAAAAAAAGUUCAGCCAUCAAAACACCAAAGCAACGUCAAGGUUCCAGAAUUUCUUCCUUAAUGACUGUCUUUAACAUCAAAAAGAUGCCAACAUGUCUUUCGCCUUUACCACCCUCUCCAUGCAGGAAUUUUACUAAGGAGCUUAGUGAAGACAGUAUAAGUGAUGAAGACGAUGCAAUGUCGGUGAUUGCAGGUCAAAUUGAUGUUGAGCUGGAGAAAGCUCAAGACUCCCCACAAAGAGCACUUUCCCUAGAGGUAGUUAACCAAGUUGAAUAUUCAAAGAAGCUCAAAUCCUCAAAAAAGCACAGAAAGCAUUUUGAAAAUACACCACAGCGAAUGACAAGAUCCAGAACUAGGAAUUCCAGCAGCAGUUGUCAAGAAAAUGACCCUGUUUUAUUACCUGAGAAAGUUAAAAAGCAGUCUUAUCAAAAAAACAAGACUUCAGCAAAUAAUCUGCAGUCCCAUUUAAAUGAUAGGAAGAGCUUAUCCGAUACAUCAGGUGAUGAACAAAAGGAAAUUGAUUCUAAGAAAUCUACAUCAAUAGUUGUAGAUGCUAUUACAAUAGACAAGGACAGAGUAGCUGAACAGAAAAUUCACACAGAUAAUGUCAAGAACUGUAUUCCUUCUGAAAAUAAUGCAGAUGUAAAGUUGAAGGAACCUGUGAAUUGUGCCAAUAAUUUGAAAACAGAACCUGAAGACUCUGAAAGUAAAAUUUCCAAUGGUAUGUGUAAUGAUAAUGUUCAGAAAAAUCGUUCAGAGGUGAAUCUUUCAAAAACAUCAGAAAAGACGGAAGCAGUUGAAGAACUUGAAACUGAUAUCGGUCCAAAUUUACCAGACAUUAAAAGUGCAAUGGCUAACACCAACUAUAAAUAUUCAACUAGUACUGAUAUCAGUGAUUCACAAACAUAUGAUUUGUCAGAGAUAGCCACUGAUUCUGUGGAUUAUUUAGAAGCAACUCCUGAUGGAAACAAUGAACUAGAAAUUUCUUCAAAUAUUGAUUUGUAUGUAGAUGUCAAAAGUCAAGAUGAAGUUUUGAUAACCUCUGUUGAGAAAGAACAAUUCAAUGAAUUGCAAGAAAAUUUCAAGUUACAAAGUGAUUUUAGUACUCCAUGUGUGGAAGAAAGGUUAGAAGGAAUGCCUAUGAAGCUGAACAUAAACAAGUGUAUUGUAAAAUCAGCUAUUCCUGAAAAUACGAAACUGUUUAAUGAAGAUCAGGUUGAAAUAGAUCAUCCCACCUUAAAAGAGCAUCAUGAUGAUAAAAAUGAUAAUUCUGCAGUUAGUCGGGCAGUUGAAUCAUUCAGUGUCAAAAAAGAGAUUGAUACAACAGUUGAAUUAAAUAUACUAAAGUUGAAAACUACUUCGAAGAAUGAUCCUAAAACUACACCAGGCGUGUCAAACUUGUACUCAUCUUUUGUGAAAGCAUCAUCGAGUUUGGAGGAAAAUAAGUCAAAUAAGGUAGAGAAUGAUGCGUCUGAUUUAAAAGAAACCAAAAGGAAAGGAGAAACAAAAACAAACCAAUCUGAUGAAAAUUUAGAAACAAAAGGUGUUGAUAACAACUGCUUAAACAUAUCAAAAGUUUUGCCAAAAGAAAAGAUCAAUUUUGUACACAACAUAGUCUCUGAAGAUAAUAUGAACGCAGUGCAAUCUAAGAAUAAUUCUAUUGACAAUAGUUUGACUUCAGCAGGUGAAGAUGCAGUUAAGGUUGAUAAUGACGUGAUUGCAGAAGUUGUCCGAGAAACAAACUCUCUGGAUUUGCCUGAGAGACGAGUAACAAGAUCAAUGGGUGAUGUUAAAAUUGGUAAGACCUCGUUUCCGACAAACUCUUCACAUCAAACGUGCAAGAGAAGUUUGCUUGAGCAUGAUGAGGGAAUAUGUCAAAAGAAACAAAAGAGAACUGUUUGUUCUAAUGAAUUGACCGGUUCAAUGAUUACUAGGUCAAUGAAAAGUAAUAAAACUGGAAUGCUGGAGCAUGGUUCUAGAGAUAGUGAUGCAAGUUGUGAUCCCUCUGCUCUUUUGCCAGUAAUAGCCUCUGUCGAUGUAUCAGAGGACAAUACUAGUAGUUGCAGAACAUCCAAAAAUUUACUUGAAAACACCUUUUCAGCAUGUAUUUCAAGCAUCAUUGCAGGUCUUCAAGCAAAAGAGCCUAUGGAGUGUGACAGUGGUAAAAGCACUGGCAGAAACAAUGCUGUGCUGCCUCAAAAGUUUAAACAGAGUACAGCAGCUUGCAAAAGUUUGCAGUUUGAUGUGACGGAGAAAGAUGUGGUAAAUGAUAAUGAUGAUGAAAAUUGUCCUGCUUCUUCAACCAAUGUCUUUGAAACAUCAACAAAUUCCACUGACAACACUCAAUCAACAAAGAACCAAAUUCGGUCAUCGCAGAGGUUCAAACGUGUUCGGAAAAGAUCCGUCCAACUGACACCGCGACCAUCACUUGUGUCCCCAAUUGCCAUUUCACCUCUGACUCUCUCCCACCAUCCACCUCCAAUAUCACCAAUGAGUUCUUCCAGGGGGAGUACACCAGCUCUGUCCUCUCUGUCACAGAGUUUACCAUCUCUUAUUCCUCUUCCAAAUCCCAUCUCGCCAUUACCAACUUCUCCAAGACGACGCUCACUUAAAAAUUGUCCUCUAUUUUGUAAUCAGUUACCUGUAACACCUAUUUCUCCUCUGACACUGCCAUCCACUGCACAGCAUUUCGCACCAAGUUCUUCAAUAUCUCUGGCACCACGUUUAUCCCCACUUAUAGAUCCUCAACCAAGUGCAAAUAUUGUUGUCCAGGGUCCAAGAAAAAGAAGACUUGCACAUCGACUGACUUAUCCUCCUGAUGUUCCUAGUUCAGUGUCUCAUAAGUCAGAGCAUAGUGUUCGAUCAUCCCCAGUAUCACCACCCAGAAUCCAUGCAUCAGUACCUGAAGGAGUUGUUGCAGUGAAACCUAGUAGAUCAACCGAUAGACUGUCAGCUUUUCGAUGCCCCACUCCAAAAAAUAUUGGUAGUAAUCAACAGCAAAAAUCAAGUCUUGCUUUUACUGCAUCUAAUGCCCUUUUAAAAGGUAGCUUCAGACAGAGUUCAUUCACUAAACCAGUUUCUACUGAUUCAACCAUCAAAGCAACAACAACAACAACAACUUCAAAGUUACUGAUAAAUUUUCAACCAGCAACUCACACAGACCAACAAAAAUGCCAUCCUGUUGUAACACAACAGAAUCCAGAGGUAGCACAACAGAUAUGCCAUCUAGAGGUGGCACAAAUGAAAAAUUGUCCAAGUGUUGAGCAACAGAGUCAUUCAGAGGGGGUGCAAAAGAAAGGCCAUCCAGGAAUACUAAAACAGACGAACUGUCUUCCAGGGGCAGCACAACAGAGGCAGCAUCAUCCAGGAGAAGCUGCUGGAAAUAGUUGGUGCAAAAUUGCAAAAACUCGGAUCAGAAAAAAGAAAAAGAAGAAAAAAGUCGCAAAAAAGCAGAAAUCGGUUGAACUACAGAGAUUAGAAUAUCAGUUAAAUGCAGAAAGACUUCUUAAAACAAAUGUCGAGGAUCAGCUGGAGUUCCUGGUUUCACAAAUCUCCAAUGUAACAAGUGAGGCUACAGCAAAAAGAGCUACAUCAGGACUGAUCUGUUUCCUGAUCUUGAAUCAUGUAGAUCUUCUACCAGUGAUUAAGGCCAUGUGUGAAAGUGGUAACACAUCCACCAAGUCACUAAUCACUCCUCAUGAAAAGAUGCUAAUUGAUGCCAUUGCUGCUAACCAGAUAAACCAAUUAUUUUUCACAUACUUGCUGCUUUUCAAUUUGAGUGAGUUUAGUAAAAAAAAUCAUUGGUUUAUCUAA